AUGUCACGUGAGAGCGGGCGCACCGCCCCCCUGCCUCAGCUGAUUGGUCGGAACCUCGGGGCGGAGCGUGCGCAGAUUGGUGAGAAGUUCGGACGGGGGAGGGGCGGAGAAAGAGGGUGGCAAUGGCGGCGCCUGCGGGUGUUGGUGGGGGUGAAGCGGGUCAUCGACUUCAGCCGUGAAGCCCUCAUUGCCCCCCCAGACUCCCCCCAUAUCCCCCACAGCCGCCCCACAACCCAUCCCAGCCCCUCAUACCCCCCCCAGGUGCGGGUGCUGCCGGGCGGGCAGGGGGUGCAGACCGAAGGGGUGAAGCACUCCAUGAACCCCUUCUGCGAGAUCGCCCUGGAGGAGGCCGUGAGGCUGCGGGAGAAGGGGGGGGCAGCCGAAGUGAUCGCAGCCACCGUGGGGACCUCGAAGUGUCAGGAAACAUUGAGAACGGCUCUGGCCAUGGGGGCCGACCGGGCCGUGUGGGCUGAGGUGGAAGCGGGGGGCCGGAAGUGGGAACCCAGGGAGGUGGCAAAAGUGCUGGCGGAGCUGGCGAGGAAACAGCGAGCGGAUCUGGUGCUGCUGGGGAAGCAGGCCAUCGACGACGACUGCAAUCAGACGGGGCAGAUGGUGGCAGCGCUGCUGGAUUGGCCCAGGGCAACCUUCGCGUCCCAGCUGGAGCUGGAGGAGGGGGGGGGAGCUGUGAGGGUGCAGCGUGAGGUGGACGGGGGGCUGGAGACCCUGAGGCUGCGGCUGCCGGCCGUGGUGACGGCGGAUCUGAGGCUGAACGAGCCCCGCUACGCCACGCUGCCCAACAUCAUGAAAGCGAAGAAGAAACCCCUGGAGGUGGUGGCGGCCGCAGACCUGGGGGGGGGCCCCCAACCCCGGCUGAAGGUUUUGGGGGUGGCUGAGCCCCCCGGGCGCCAGGGGGGGGUGUGAAAGUGGGCGACGUCCCCCGAGUUGGUGGCACAGCUGCGCCAGAGCGGCUGCGUGUAAAGGGAAGGGGGGGGGG